AUGUCUAAGAUACCACCCUCACCGAUAUAUAUAUUUCGGGGGCAUGCUGAACAAAUUAAUAGUUUAGAAUUCAUUGAAAAUAACAAAUAUCUUAUUUCAGGAGAUGCGGGAGGAAACGUUAUUAUAUGGGAUAUGGUAUUGAAGCGUUCGAAAAUUCAAUUUAAAGCACAUAAUGAUGGAAUUUUGAAUGUUGUAAAAUUUAAUGAUAAAUUGAUCAGUCAUGGUCGGGAUAAUACUUUAAAUGUUUGGGAAUUUAAUCAAUUAUCAAAUAUUAAGGAUGGAGGAAAUAAAGAAGAGUCGAUAAAACCUGAAAUAAGCUUAAAAGUAAAUUCGUUAAAUUUUUGUAAAUUUGAUUUUUGUUAUGAAGUUUCUCAUGUAGAAAUUGGCGAUAAACGUGAUGAACUUUUUAUAGCGGUCCCUAGUGCCAAAGAUUCCUCUGGUAUUGAUAUAUGGAAUUUAACGAAUCAAAAAUUAAUUGCAUCUUCAAUUGGGCUCGAUCAAAAUAGUAAAACUGGUUACUGCAUGGCCAUAAAAAUUUUUCCAAAUAAUACUUUUCAGAAUUUUCAAUCUGUUACUAAGAAUUAUUUUAUAUUGGCGGCUUAUGAAAGUGGUAGUGUUAGUUUAUGGUCAAUUAUCAUUAAUACCAAUGAAUUAAUGUCGAAUGAAAAAGAUAAUGCUACCGUUGAAAAAUUGUGGGAUCGAAAGGAACAUGGAGAAAGCGUUUUAAGUAUAGAUCUCUCUUCUGAUAAACAAUUUGCAAUAUCAACUUCUGGUGACAAUAAAAUUGUGAAAUAUAACUUCGAUGAGGGAUUUAAAAAAGAACCAUUGAUUAAAAGUACUACUGUAAAAUAUGCUGGCAUCGCAGAAGUUAAAAUUAGAUCUGAUGGAAAGAUUUUUGCCACUGCUGGAUGGGAUACGAAUAUUCGUAUCUUUUCUUCAAAAUCUCUGAAACCAUUAGCAAUAUUAUCUUAUCACCGAGAGAGCGUUUAUGCAUUAGCUUUUUCUCGCAUUUUAUCAAUGGAUGAACAGGAUCGUGAUAAAUCUAUAGAAGAAGGGAAAGAUCUUGGAAAUGAGGAAAGAACAGAGAAACAUUACUUAAUUGGAGGUGGGAAAGAUCAAAGGAUUAGUUUAUGGGAAAUUUAUUAA